AUGCAUGGACUUCAAAGAUAUUGGGAAAGGGCUGGCGUCUUUCGGGGCCCAGAUUACCCCUUUUGCUACGCGGACCCUACAGUACACAAAGAACAACUCGGCCAAGUAGAUGACAAGACGCAACUUCCUCCAGACUACAUUGAACUCGAAAAGCGAGUUGAUGCACUGAAGCAGGCCCACCAAAAGAUGCUGGCCGUCACCUCUCACUACUCCAAUGAAGCAUACGACUAUCCGCCAAAUAUCAAGGAGACCUUUCAAGACCUAGGUCGCACCGUUUCAGAAAAGGUGUCUUUAUUUUCUGAAGCUCAGGAGGAGAUUGAGAAAGCAGAAGACGAGUUUGUAACCCAGACAGAAGAGGCACUCGGGGUGAUGAAAAACGUCCUUGAUACACCUGAGCCUCUCCGAAAUCUAGCGGAGCUUGUGACAGCUCAGGCCGAAUUCCAUAAGAAGGCCUUUGAAAUCCUAAACGAGCUAGUCCCCAUCAUUGACAGCCUUCAAGUGGAACAAGAGACGACUUAUCGCCAAAGCCGCGACAAUGAUCUUUAA